GCGAACCCUCCCCCCCAUCCCCCCACUUCGGGCGCCAUUCUUCUCCCUUGCCAGCCCUCCCCCUGUCCAUCUCAGAGCUGUCCGCACCCCACUUCUUCCUGCCAGGUCACGGGCAUCGCCACCCUGCCAUGUUCACUAGUCCUGCGGGAUUAGCAACCAGCGGUAUUGUAGGACGGUCCACUCGAGCAGGCUGCUCAGAGCACGACCUGCUUCGCCAGGAACUGAACAACCAUUUCCUGGCACAGACUGCAGUUAGAGGGGCAGGCUCUGAGCCACCUCUACUGAGGGCAGAAUUCCACCAGCACACACACCAGCACCAACAUCAGCACCAACACCAGCUCACCUUCUCACCCUACCCCAACGGGUUGCCUCCUCCACCAGGCAUCGUCUCUACACCCCCAAAUAUGGGUCACACAGCUGCCCUAAAUUUGGAAAAGUACUCAGCAAAACUGGAAAACCCUUACCUAAGACAUCAACAUUUCUACCCCUCCUACCCCCCAGUGAUGCCAGCCCUGCACCCCCACUCAGGACCCCCAGGACCUUUCAGCUCUCUGCAAGGAGCCUUCCAGCCUAAGUCUAUGGAUGUAGUGACACGGCCAGAAGUCCCUCUACUACCAAAGGACCCACGGAUAGCUGAUCCAUUCAGAUCAUCAGCUAGGAAGGUUGGCAAAUGGUGUCUAAUGCAUGGCCAGAUCGCAUGGCAGAUUCAUCACCACCAGCAGAGAAUGAAGCAGAACAUGCACUUUGAUCCACAUCAGCUGAAUAUGAGCAGGGUGAAGCUGGACCUGUUUAGUCGGCCAGCUGCACCAGGUCUUCCUCCUGGACUAUCCUAUGGCCAUGACAUGGCCCGACCUUUCCUGUCCUCCUCAGGUCAUUUGUCUGCAUCACCAUUCAAUGCCCCCACUCAUCACGGCCACUAUCAACAUGCUAGCCACCUUACUGAUCCAUUUGAUCGAGCUAGUCACUAUGGAAACCUUGGACAACUGGCAACUAAUGCAUUUGGCGGCCUGGGUGCCCCAUCUCUUGGCCCAGGCAGCCCGUUUGGUGACAGGCAGGGCCAUGGGUUGCCAGGUUUUGUCAGCCACCCUCAGGAAGCCUGGAACCGCCUGCAACGAAUGCCCCCCUCCUUCCCCACGCCUCCAGCACAGUCCAGGCCUGCUGAUGUGGCCCGCAAGCUCACAGUCCAGAGCAUUGAGAGGGAAAGGGAAGCUAAGAAAAGGGAUCACUCUGCUACCAAGGAGGAGUCAGAGAGAGACGGAAAUUCUCUGGAAAGAAGCCAUCAAUCCACCCACACAUCCUCAGGCUUUCAGAUUAGUAAUCUGAUUAGAAGCAGCAGCCCAGAAAGGAAGAGGAGUAGCCCAGAUCAGGGUCGUCGUCAGGCUGAGAGGGACGGCACCUCGCUGGGGAGAGUCCAGGUGAAGCAGAGCUCCUCUCCAGCGCUGGAGGUGCAGGAUAGGGGAUCCUCAAACCCUUAUAACACAGUGAAGAAUCACCAAUCCAGUGAGAGCACACAAACCCUGAAGGGACCUUUAAACAUAAAGCAGGAACACAGAGAUGAGCCAGAGGUUAUGGCUGGGCCACUAGAAAUGACCCUCUUACUCCCACCAGGCCACUCUCAGGCUCCACACCCCUCAUCAAGGCACAGCCACUUCCCUGUCGCAGGCAUGCUUCAGAGCAGCCAUCUACCUCACUCUCUACCACUCUCCAUGAGCCCCAUGCACCCAGUGAGCAGCCUCAGUGCAAUGGAGCGUGCCCGUGUCCAGCCCUUCAUGGGGGUCGGUUCACUAGCCACAGGUCGAGACCACUGUGUGCCCCUUCACCUCUCGGGCCCCUGGGAUCCACUACGAGACCCCUACAGAGGUCUGUACCUGCAGAGCCAGCAGGUACAUACGACCUAUGACCCUGAGAAAGGCCACAGACAGCGGGAGCAACACCCCCACCCACAGCCGCACCUACAGGACAGUCACCGACAGGCAGAGGAGAGGGCCAGGUUGCACCAGCUCCAGGGGUCUCCCAUGGAGGGCCACCUAGCACACACACCCUCCUUUACGUCCUCCCUGGGUGGGGUGAUGUACCCCAGGCUCAGCCCCUCAGCUCCACACAGUGGCCAUCUGAACAGGACUCCUCCUACUGCUACUCUCAGUGCCCCACCUCCUCUGGUGCCCACCUCCACCACAUCCCCUGGCAUACCUUCCACUCCUCGAAAGACCACACCCACCAGUGCCCCACCCUCUGGGGACCCAACCCCAUCCUACAAUCCUAAAGAGGUGGAGGCACAGUAGCAUGGAAGUCUCUCAGAUAUAAGAGACAAGACUCUAUACAGUACACACUCAACUUGACGACUUUAUGUAAAAAUAGUAUAUUGUAGAUUAUAUGUUAAUAAAUAACAAGUUUAAGUAGUGAGUCUGCAUAGAAACGGUUGAAUAAGUUGAGUAACUAUUGCUUGAUAAUGUUAUUUGAUAGUAAUAUAUGAGUAUUUUGUAAGAUUUAUAUUCCCUCUCUGUGUACAGAAAUAGAUUUUAUGAAUUUGUACAUUUGUGUAAUUAAUGCAUUACCUUUGUUUAAUACACAUGUAUUACACAUUAUUUAUCAAUAGGUAAAACUGACAAAAUAUGUUCUCCUCUUGAUUGAUAGUUUUUAGGUUAAUGUAACUUUGUUUCUUACCUGAAAAUGACUUUCACUUUGUGGAAAUAUUCACAUAACCUGUCAUUUGUUUCUAUAAAGAAUGUCUAUUUAAACAAAAAUGGAA